AUGACCUCCCUCCUCCAUCCAUCAGCAUCCAGGGCGAAGUCUAAAAAUGGAGGCAGGUCUCUGCGAGAAAAGCUGGAUAAGAUCGGCCUCAACCUGCCGGCCGGGCGGCGCAAAGCAGCCAACGUCACCCUCCUCACCUCUCUAGUAGAAGGAGAAGCUGUUCACCUCGCCAGAGACUUUGGGUACGUGUGUGAGACCGAAUUUCCUGCCAAAGCAGUGGCCGAGUUUCUCAACCGACAACAUUCGGACCCCAGUGAGCAAGUAACGAGAAAGAACAUGCUUCUGGCCACCAAGCAGAUCUGCAAGGAGUUCACGGACCUGCUGGCCCAGGACCGCUCUCCGCUGGGGAACUCGAGGCCGAACCCCAUCUUGGAACCGGGGAUCCAGAGCUGCCUGACCCACUUCAACCUCAUCUCUCACGGCUUCGGCAGCCCGGCCGUGUGCGCCGCCGUCACGGCCCUGCAGAACUAUCUCACCGAGGCCCUCAAGGCCAUGGACAAACUGUACCUCAGCACCAAUCCCAACAGCCACCCCGACAGCAGCGCCAAGAGCGGUGACAAAGAGGAGAAACACUGCAAGUGAGGGCACCAGAGGCCGCGGCCACCCCAGCUCGGACCAGCACCCUGAUUGCUGCUACUGCUGUCACCGCUUGCCCCCCCACAGGCCUGCCUGCCUCGACCUCCCCACCCGGCUCUGGAGCCCACGGGAACAGAGCAGCAGGCCACGAGGAGGCCGGCGUCCCGGCAAGACGUUCCCAUGCGUGUUUGUGAACAUUCUUUGCUUUUCUGGAAAGAAAGGAAAAAACAAAAACAACCCGCAGACAAUACAUGAC